GGAGGGGGUGGUUCAUCGAGCAGUGGCAGUGUUAUUGGAGUGUCGGGUGGGGGGACCGCAAGUUCCGAAUGUGGUUCCGAGGAGAUUGACGAGGAUUGCGAUGAGGGCAGUGAUGAAAUUGAUGAAUCCAAUUCAAGUGGUCAACAAGAAAUGAACGGUGAUUCGUUAUGCUCGAGUAAACUCGAUGAGCUGUCUGCAUCAGCCAAGAGGCGCGGUCCGAGGACAACAAUUAAAGCGAAACAAUUGGAUACUCUGAAAGCAGCAUUCGCGUCAACACCGAAACCAACGAGGCAUAUUCGAGAGCAGUUGGCUCAGGAGACAGGCCUGAAUAUGCGAGUUAUACAGGUUUGGUUUCAAAAUCGUCGAAGUAAAGAGAGGAGAAUGAAACAGCUACGCUAUAGCGGAUAUAGACCGUCGAGAAGGAAUCGUGGCGGAAAUCGGGAAGACUUAUGCGGUCAGGCUGGCGAUUUAUUUCCGCAUGAUGCAAAUGGCGAGGCAUAUUUUGGUCAGCCGGGGAUAUCGUUCUAUUGCGAGAGUGGAUAUGCACCCCCGCAACCUGAUGGCACUCAGCAGACUGCUUUACCACAUCCUUCGUUUAUUAUGCCACCUGAUGCACAUCACUUACAUAUGGAUCCUUCUAAUAAUGAAUCGCCAUUCCUCGAAGAUAGUCUUCGACCGCCACACAGUUCACCGAAUAUGCCGUUAGCUGCACAGGUUGAUAUUUAA